GGAGCCAGCGAGCGCGCGGCCUGCCGUUGGCGGCCUGGUUCGCUGAGCUCGGCGCCCAUCCGCCCCGGAGUCGGGGCCUCAGCCCGCGGGAAGAUGGUGUCCUGGAUAAUAUCCCGAGCCGUGGUACUGGUGUUUGGAAUGCUUUAUCCUGCAUAUUAUUCAUACAAAACUGUGAAAACAAAAAACGUGAAGGAGUAUGUUCGAUGGAUGAUGUACUGGAUUGUUUUUGCCCUCUACACUGUGAUUGAAACAAUAGCAGAUCAAACGGUUGCUUGGUUUCCUUUGUACUAUGAACUGAAGAUUGCUUUUGUCAUAUGGCUGCUCUCUCCCUAUACCAAAGGAGCAAGUUUGAUAUAUAGAAAAUUCCUUCAUCCACUUCUUUCUUCAAAGGAAAGGGAGAUUGAUGAUUAUAUUGUACAAGCAAAGGAACGAGGCUAUGAGACCAUGGUAAAUUUUGGACGGCAAGGUCUAAACCUAGCAGCUACUGCAGCUGUCACUGCAGCGGUGAAGAGCCAAGGAGCCAUAACUGAACGUUUAAGAAGUUUCAGUAUGCAUGAUUUAACAGCUAUACAAGGUGAUGAGCCUGUGGGACAAAGACCAUAUCAGCCUUUACCAGAAGCAAAAAAGAAAAGCAAACCAACCCCCAGUGAAUCAGCAGCUUAUGGAAUUCCACUAAAAGAUGGAGGUGAAAAAACAGAUGAAGAAGCGGAUGGGCCAUAUUCAGAUGAUGAGAUGUUAACACACAAAGGGCUUCGGAGAUCACAAAGCAUGAAAUCUGUGAAAACCAUCAAAGGCCGCAAGGAGGUGCGGUAUGGUUCACUAAAAUAUAAAGUGAAGAAGAGACCACAGGUGUAUUUUUAGCCUUCUAUACUUCAGAUAUCUUAAAUAAUGCUAAUACAUCAACUUCAUUUUCUAAUAUGAUAUAUUCAGGAUUUACAUAUUAAAAUAGUUCUUGAAAUUGUGGUAGUGAUAGGAAUUACUUUCAUGAAUUUACAUAGCUUUAUUUCUUUAACAGUUACUUUCAAAUAUUGACUACAAAAGGUAGUUAUAUGCAAGACCUACUAAUAUACGUACAUCAAAAACUACAGAAAAGCAUGUUAUGCAUUUUCAUAUUCAUCAACAAUACUGAUUGCCUGGGAUAUUAGAUGAAACACAGACCCACACUAUACUUGAAAAGAUUCUUUAUGGUUCAGGAUACAUUAACUUUUGUGGUAUUAAACAUUGUGUUUACCUUUAUAUAUGUUAUCUCUAUCACAUGAGGAUAGUAAAUAAAUAGGCCUCUGAUCAGGCAAUGAUAUAACAAGGACAUAAUGUAAGAUAAUAAGGUAUAUUUUGUAUAUUCCUUUAAUUUUUACUUUUAUAAUAUUUUCUCAUUUUUCCACCAUUAAUUGAAAUUUUUUGAAACAAAUAUUUGAAAACCAGGUAUCCACGUAGCACUUUCCUGACUAGUUUUGCACACUUGAAAAAUGUUUACUUAUUUUACAACUGUACAUUACUUUAAAUUUUGUUGACACUGUAUGCUUGUUUGUCUUAUUCUGACAUGGCAAAUUUAUACCUUGAAAUUCA